CUCUCUCCCUCUCUCUCCCUCUCUCUCUCUCUCUCUCUCUCUCUCUCGCUGGCUGGCUCACUCUCAGUUGCUUGCUAUAGAGAGCAGCAGUUCCCAGGCAGUGUGAGCUGUGUUUGAAUGCUGCUAGUUUAUGCAGGGAAGAACCUACAUCCCAUGUGCUCUGUAUGGAUGUUGAUGCUACCCGGUGCAGCUUGAUUCUCUGGGAGCAGGCAAGAAGAUGUCCAGCACGCCACACGACCCAUUCUAUUCCUCUCCUUUUGGUCCUUUUUAUAGGAGACACUCUCCAUACAUGGUGCAACCAGAGUAUCGAAUAUAUGAGAUGAAUAAGAGGCUGCAGACUCGUACAGAGGAUAGCGACAAUCUUUGGUGGGAUGCUUUUGCUACAGAAUUUUUUGAAGAUGAUGCUACGUUAACACUGUCGUUCUGCUUAGAAGAUGGGCCAAAGAGAUACACGAUUGGAAGGACUCUUAUUCCUCGAUACUUUAGCACAGUGUUCGAAGGAGGUGUUACGGAUCUCUAUUACAUUCUCAAGCACUCCAAAGAAUCAUACCACAACUCAUCCAUCACGGUGGACUGUGAUCAAUGCACUAUGGUUACUCAGCAUGGGAAACCCAUGUUCACAAAGGUCUGUACCGAAGGCCGGCUCAUCUUGGAGUUCACGUUCGACGAUCUCAUGAGAAUUAAAACAUGGCACUUUACCAUUAGACAAUACAGAGAAUUAGUACCCCGCAGCAUUUUAGCCAUGCAUGCACAAGAUCCUCAGGUGCUGGAACAACUUUCCAAAAAUAUCACUCGUAUGGGUCUAACCAACUUCACUCUCAACUACCUCAGGUUGUGUGUAAUAUUAGAGCCAAUGCAGGAAUUAAUGUCAAGACAUAAAACCUAUAACCUAAGCCCACGCGACUGCCUAAAGACUUGCUUAUUUCAGAAAUGGCAGAGGAUGGUCGCACCACCAGCAGAGCCCACCAGACAGACCACCACCAAAAGGAGGAAAAGGAAAAAUUCCACAAGCAACACAUCAAAUAACAGCACCGGAAACAAUACAAUCAGUACAUACAACAAGAAAAAACUACCUGCUGGCAGCCACAACCUGUCUAACCAAGCCCCUUUCACUACAAAAAAAUGCAUAGGAGAUAAGACACGAGUACGAAGGAAUUAUCGUGGAAUACGGAACGGUUUGGAUGUAAUGGUGGUGGGAGAGCCUACUUUGAUGGGAGGCGAGUUUGGAGACGAGGAUGAAAGGCUUAUCACUAGACUAGAAAACACACAGUAUGAUGCAGCUAAUGGUAUGGAUGAUGAAGAAGACUUCAACAAUUCACCUGCUUUGGGAAACAAUAGCCCCUGGAACAGCAAACCUCCACCAAAUGCGGAGACCAAAUCCGACAACCCGACCCAACAAGCUUCCCAAUAAGAAACGAUGGUUGGGCGGAAUGGAAAGUUUCAGUUACAGUUCAUUGCAUUGAAUGCUUUUGUUUUAUUGGUAUGAUUAUAACUGAAGAGUAUAAUUAUAGCAAUGAAGACAUUUUUACAGAUUAACUAUUUCUUACCAGCCUUUUGGUUAAGUAUUUUUAAUUGAUUGUUGUGAAACGACUGGAAUUUCCUUAAAUAGUUUCUUUGCUGCUUGUGAUACACUAAUUGGAGAACCAUAAAAUAUAUAAAAUAUGCAAUAUGUAUUCCUGUGCUGCCUCGCUGAUAGUAAGGUGGUCAGAAAAUAUAUGCAUAUUAUGGAUGUUAGGGAUGCACCAAAUCCGGAUUUGGCCGAACCCUGAUUCCAAAAGGAUUUGGGCGAAUACCAAACCGAAUCCUUAUUUACAUGUGUAAAUUAGGAUACGGAAGGGUCAAAAAGCAUUGUGUGCAGCAAAAAAUGUUCAACUUCCGUGACAGAAAGUCACAUGAUUUUAAGGAUUCGGUUCGGCCAGGAGCAUGGAUUUGGCCG